AUGGCUGUAUAUAAUCUGCUGCUUUUCAUUUUGGUCCUUUUUAUAUACAUUGUGACAGUACUUGGAAACUUUGUGAUCAUCAUGCUGGUAUUUUACAGCAAGACCCUUCAUUCCCCCAUGUACUUCUUCCUCUCUCAGCUCUCUAUAUCCGACAUCAUGCUGACCACUGACAUUGCUCCUAACAUGUUAAAUAUUGUCCUAUAUGAGAAGACCGCCAUAUCUUUUCCUGGUUGCAUCAUUCAGUAUUAUUUCUUUGGUUCAAUUGAAACAUUUGAGUGUUUCCUUCUGACGGUGAUGUCCUACGACCGCUAUCUAGCCAUCUGCUCUCCUCUGCGUUAUGUCUCCAUUAUGAACCCUGCGCUUUGCAUUAAAUUAGUUCUUGCAUCCUGGCUGUUGAGUUGUUCUAUAGCAUUAAUUAUAACUGUUGGAAUAUGUCAGCUUGAAUUCUGCGGGCCAAACACCAUUGACCAUUUCUACUGUGACUUCAAUCCCUUGGUGGAACUUUCUUGUUCAGAUACUUCCAGAGUUCAAUUUGAAUUGACCGUGGUGUGUUUUCCUGUGAUUGUCUUACCAUUCUUAGUGAUAGUAAUCUCAUAUACUUACAUUGUUUUAACUAUGUUAAAGAUACCAUCUUUUUCAGGAAAACUGAAAUCGUUUUCCACUUGUAGCUCUCACCUUAUAGUUGUGUUCUUGUUUUAUGGAACCCUAAUUGCCAUGUAUGUGCUUCCUAAUGAAGGACAAUCGCAAAUGAUCAAAAAGUUCAUGUCGAUGUUUUACACUGUUUUGACACCUUUUUUGAACCCCUUUAUAUACAGUUUGAGGAAUAAAGAGAUCAAGGGCUCUUUGAGGAAUGCUUUCUAUAACCAAAUGAUGUCUUAUUUAAAAAAAUCAGGUAGUUAA